AUGGCGAAAAGUAUAUUUCGGUUAUGGUCAACGGUUUGUAAAAAUGUUUACAAUUUUUCUUCGAGAAGAUUUGCUGAUUAUUCUCGUAUCGACGAGGAUCAACUAAGUCUUUAUUUAUGUGCUGGUCGUGGUGGUAAUGGCUUAGCCAGAUAUAAUGGGAUUGGCGGUGAUGGAGGCGAUAUUUACAUAAUGGCUGAUCCUUCUGUGAGAUUUAGUCAAGUAAAAAAAUUUUUAGGCAAUUCAUUGAAAGUCUGUGCUGCUCGUGGUGAACAUUCUUCUCAAAUUAAACUUAUAGGUGAAAAGGGCAAGGAUGAGGUUAUCAGAGUUCCAGUUGGAGUUGAAGUAGUUGAAACAAAAACACGAACGUUGUUGGCUCGAUGUAGCUCUCCGAAGGAGAAGAUUAUUAUUGCACUUGGUGGGAAAGGCGGAUCAAAAGAGAACAAUUAUAUAGGAAGUCUAGGCGAGCACUUUAUGCUGGAAUUGAAUUUCAAAUUACGGCCCAAUAUAGGUCUUGUUGGCUUUCCAAACGCAGGCAAAUCGACGCUGAUGCGAGCUCUGGUUCAAAAAAAAAAUAUAAAAAUAGCUAGCUAUCCUUUUACCACAAAAGUUCCUCAGAUAUGUAAUAUGAAAGGCUAUGAAAACGAUAGUGCGACAUUUCCUUAUACGCUUUCAAUCGCCGAUCUUCCAGGGUUAAUUGAAGGCGCCAGUAUGAAUCGAGGUAGAGGUUUAUCUUUCUUAAAGCAUCUUGAAUACUGUGAUAUUAUUCUAAUGGUCGUCGAUAUCAAAGGAUUUCAAUUACAGGCAACAUUGAAUGAACCCUUUAGAUCGCCCUUAGAAACUGUGGCUUUAUUGAAUGUAGAAAUGGAAAAAUAUGAUCCCCGAUUAGUUAAAAAACCAACAAUCUUGGCAAUUAAUAAAAUUGAUCUGUUAAAUGGAUUUGAGGUUGUUGAAGAGCUGAUGAGGAUAUUGAAGUCUCCUAACUGGACUAACUCAGUAUCAGAAGACAUUCGACCGCAUGAACCGAUAUGCUUUGACGCUUUAGUACCUAUUUCAGCCAAAAAGGAUCGUUUAAAUGGUCUAAAAAAAGUCCUUAAAAGUACACACGACUUUUUGUUCCCUUUAACAGGAAUAUCGUUUAGAGAAUCCAUGAAAACUAUCAAUAAAUUUAUUUGA